GCCGAAUAUGCAAAAUUGGUACUUCCGAAUAGCCACCCGAGGUAAUUCUAGUUCAUUUUCUCUCCGUCGAAUUAGGAUCAGGAAGGACGGAUUAGGGCCACCUACCGCCCGCCCACUUACUUACUUAGCUAAAUUUUGCUCAGGUUCUCCAGCACUAUUGUGGUCCGCUCCUCAGAGGUGUCUUCAAAGCUUGGCGUGCGUACCUGAAAAGGGAGCGCUUGGAAAGGGCGCGAGCUGAAGAAAACGCCAAAACAGCCGAACUUCAUGCAUAUCUGAC